GAGGGGCCGGGCGGUGCUGCGCCCAGAGUCGCGAGCGGAGGGGAGGGGCGGGCGAGGGGAAGGGGCGGGGCCGGGUGGUGCUGGGCGCUGAGGCGCUAGAGGAGGGGCGGGUCCGGCGCGCGGCCGUUAGCAGUCCAGUUCUACCAACGGUCGGCGUGGCUGCGGUUCCCGAGGGUGACAGUCCGCGGGACCCGCCCCGGUUUGCGCGCUCGCCCCCUUCGCCGGCGCAGUCACCGCGCGGGGCGGCCGCCCGGAGGUAGCUACCACGGCCUGUGUCAACGACUAAAGCUCCGGGACAGCGGCGCCCUCAGCGACAGCUGAGAGGGCGGCCCCGGCCGGGAGCGGCGGCCGGUGAGCUACCUCGAGGAGGAGCGGCGGAGGCGACCUCGGCCCGGCCCCGCACCAGCCGCGCGGCAGGCGCGACAUGAGCCUGGUCUGGUAUCCGCGGGAUGCUCCUUGAGCCCCUUUUCUGGCUGUUACCUCCGGGGGACGGUUGCGGCCACACCGACACGUAUUUUCCAAAUCAAUCAUUCUUGCGGCGGCGGGGCCGAACACGUUUAUUUAUUUUUUAUUUUCUCAACAAGCCUUUACCCAGCACCUGUCCAGUGAAACAACUUGAUAAGCGUUUCGAGGAGCCUCCGCCGGGUUAGGAGGCCACGGCCUGGCAGCUCGUGGAAGCCGCAUUUGCAACGCCCCCUCAGAUGUUCUGAAGAUCGUGGCGUCUUGUAACUAGCCGUGUGUGCACAGAAUCCUCAAGGAACGUCUUGGCCCAGCGAUGCAAAGAACUGAAGUUUCAAGGUUUUAUUUCUAUUGCUGGAUGGUCGGGGUAGCCCCAGUAACUGGGGACUGCUCCGCGAUCCGCUCACGUGGACCCUGUGGGAAUAGCAAGAUCUGCUUUGUGUGCAAGAAAAAGGGAGCUGCUAUCAACUGCCAGAAGGAUCAGUGCAUCAGAAACUUCCAUCUGCCUUGUGGCCAAGAAAGGGGUUGCCUUUCACAAUUUUUUGGAGAGUACAAAUCAUUUUGUGAAAAACAUCGCCCAACACAGAACAUCCAAGGGGGGAAUGUAGGGGAGGAAAGCUGCAUCUUAUGUUGUGAAGACUUAUCACAACAGAGUAUUGAGAACAUCCAGAGCCCGUGUUGUAGUCAAGCCAUCUACCACCGCAAGUGCAUACAGAAAUAUGCCCACACAUCAGCAAAGCAUUUCUUCAAAUGUCCACAGUGUAACAAUCGAAAAGAGUUUCCUCAAGAAAUGCUGAGAAUGGGAAUUCAUAUUCCAGACAGAGAUGCUGCCUGGGAACUUGAGCCAGGGGCUUUCUCAGAGUUAUAUCAGCGUUAUCAGCACUGUGAUGCCCCCAUCUGUCUGUAUGAACAAGGCAGAGACAGCUUUGAGGAUGAAGGGAGGUGGUGCCUCAUUCUGUGUGCUACAUGUGGAUCCCACGGAACCCACAGGGACUGCUCCUCUCUUAGAUCCAACAGUAAGACAUGGGAGUGUGAGGAGUGUUCACCUUCUGCUUCAGCCACAGACUACAUACCUGAAAACUCAGGGGACAUGCCUUGCUGCAGCAGCACCUUCCACCCUGAGGAGCAUUUCUGCAGAGACAACAGCCUGGAAGAAAAUCCAGGCCUUUCUUGGACCGAUUGGCCAGAACCUUCCUUAUUAGAAAAGCCAGAGUCCUCUCGUGGCAGUAGGAGCCGCUCCUGGAAGUCCAAAGGUGUCAGAAUCACUAACAGCUGCAAAAAAUCCAAGUAACACCUUCUGAGUAGCUGCUAUCCUGCACAAUAGGGUAUGAAGCUGUGCUCCUCCAUCUGGUUUGGGGAGGGAGCACUCUGAGACUGUGAGACAAGGAAGCCAGGCCAGCAGUGAGACUAUGAGCCAAGAAAAGAGAAGUCUCAGGGGAGCGUGAGGAGGGAGCAGUCCAGAUGCCAACAAGGAAACGUGUUUAUGGCUACAAGA